GAGGAUGCCUUGCCACACAAUAGGGGAUAUAAUGGUUUGAUCCAGAUGCCUCGGACACCAGCCUUCCGAGUUGGAAUUAGGAACAUCUCCCUGCUUUCUUGCGGCAUUUCACGGUGGUACGCCUGUUGGUUUCUAUCCACAACGGAGUAUAAUAUUGUAAUAAACAUGUUACCGUGCGGUCCAACUUUGGAAGUACAGCUUUCGUCCAUAAUGGACGUACUUGCGAAAGCUGCUGUAUCUGAAAUUAGCCAACUUUUCUCGGAAGGCUCGGCUACCCUUCGCUUACAAAAUACUCGGAGCCUGAAAGAAAACCAAGUGCUGAGGAUGAGGAUGAAGGUGAUGAAGAGUGAACUGUUUUCUUUGCGGCUUCAAACGAGAUCAAAUGCAUCGUUUGCGGCAAGUCGUUUUGCCCUGGGUCGAGCCAGCAAACCACGGACUAAACCACUAGGAAAUGGAGAAUGCGAUGACUUUGGAAACCGCAGCACACAGCGCGGUGCCCCCUCAGAUGGUCUGCAUGUGGACGCCCCUGGCUCCUCCCACCUGUCCAGUCAUAGCGAGGAGCUGAGGAUCCUGAGCGUCCACGGAAAAGGGGGGGGCCCACUGGCGCUGGACGGCAAUGGCACACUCGUCACCGUGUCUGAACUGGAGGCGCUGAACUCUCUGUCUGCAGACCACAGCGUGGUCAAGAGCCUGGAGCGCGGCGAGGAGCUGGUCCGCAGCGAGGAGCUGACUGGGCAGCUGCAGACCCCAGACACCAUUUCAAUCAAAGAUGAAGAGGAUAUUGGUGGAGGCAUGCCCGCUCUAGGUUAGUAAUACACAUUGCAUUCAUGCAAGAAAACGACCUGGAUCAACUGAGAUUGUACUCGAUUCUACCUGAGCUAUAAAGCCUGGUCCUCUUUUGAAAGCUCAUCAUGACCAGUGCCCUGCUAAAACACAAGGACUGCUC